GUUGCCGGGAAGGCGGAAGUGCGGGGGCUUCCGGUCGGCGUGAGCAGCGUGCGGUGUGUGAGUUCCUGGGUUUUCUCAGCUUUCCAGCUAAAUAUGGCUAAAAGUUUACGGAGUAAGUGGAAAAGGAAGAUGCGUGCUGAAAAGAGAAAAAAGAAUGCCCCAAAGGAGCUCAGCAGACUUAAAAGUAUUCUUAAAGUAGAUGGUGAUGUUUUAAUGAAAGACGUUCAAGAGAUAGCAACUGUGGUAGAACCCAAACAUUGUCAAGAGAAAAUGCAAUGUGUGGUGAAAGAUGAAACAGAUGACAUGAAAAUGGAGACUGAUAUUAAGAGAAACAAAAAGACUCUUCUAGACCAGCAUGGGCAGUACCCCGUAUGGAUGAACCAGAGGCAAAGAAAAAGGCUGAAAGCAAAGCGAGAGAAAAAGAAAGGAAAAAGCAAAGCAAAAGCCAUCAAGGCAGCGAAGGGUUUGGCUUGGUAGACCCUUAAAAACUUGAAAAAUGCCGCAUGGAACAGGUCUUUGAUUAGAAUGUAUACAUUGAUUUCAGCUUCCACCAAAUGGAAACUUUGUUUCCAUUUUUUAACUUGGCCUUUUUCUUCAAUUCAAGCCCAACUGUAACUCCUCAAAAUUGUCUUGGUAACUUGAAUAAAAUAUUUUCUUUGAUGAAUGAAA